GACCUGGCACCAGACCUGGCACUAGACCUGGCACCAGACCUGGCACCAGACCUGGCACUAGACCCUGGCACCAGAGCUUGGAAGGAGAUCUUGGCACAGGAGGUGUGGCGGGGCCAGGGUGUGGCGAGGCCAGGAGGCUUCCGGUCCCCACAUCUCACAUCCGGUUUCAAUGAAGCUCUUCCGGUGCCUCGACUGCUCUCUCUCUCUCUCUCUCUCGUUGUUGUUGUUAUAGAUUCAGCUACUCGGAACAAGUUCCAAGUAGCACGGGCUAUGGUGAGCCCGUAGCUUACUUGGCACAGGAGCAGGGCAAGUAGCACGGGCUAUGGUGAGCCCGUAGUGGACUUACCUGACACAGGAGCGGUGCUGUAACUCCCUCUCUGCGUAAUGUCUGUCGUGUGUGGGUGAUGGGGGAGAGGCAACCCGUCCUCCCUAUAGACAGUUAUAAUACUAAAGAGACGGUACAUUAAUGAACGGCAACGUUAGUUUAUUAAUACACUAGUUACCCCUUUACAUUUCUCUCUCCAAAUAAUCUCCCGAAACGGUGAAUUUGUUUUCUCUAAUGUAACUGGUAUGCAGUUUUCUUGUAAAGUUGCAUGAUACGGGCGAGGAUCAAUUAAAUAAACUAUUAUGGUAUGGGUAUUGCCCUGGGUAUAGAAGUCGGCUCAAAUGGAGAAAAGUUAGAUUAUAAAACAGUGAAAAGCGGAGUGUUCGAGAAAGUAUACAUUCUUGUUUUUAAUACAUGAAUUUAAAGCAAUAUUAGUCAAAUUGACGACUGAAUCACUGAAUGACACUGAAUCUGGGCGGGUAAGAAAUUAAAACGAAGAUAUAGCGACGUUAAAGACAAACUUUAAACUUUCAAAAUGCAACCGAAAAUUGGCAGAGGCAUUUCAAUAUUGACAAAUUUAACGUUCGAAGCCUAGGCAGGGGAAACCGAGGUACCGGAUAUCAACAAAAUAUUAAUGAAUUUGUUAAAUGUUUGAUAUAAUCAAAUGACGUACUGUGGUUUUUAUCCAUAAACAUUAAUAAAGAAAGUUCCAAUACGUGUGGGAGUGUCUGGAUCAAUAUAUGAGUAGGAGUGAUUGGAUACGAACUGGCUCGCAUGGUCCAAAACCCCCUGCUGCAGAUUUCUGUAUUAUUAUGCUCUUAAUUUAACAACAUUGACUUUGUCUAAAUACAACAGAAAAAGACCGAAUCUACGGUGAUGUUAAUGUUUCGUGUGCUAAUAUUUGUGUGUGUUGAUGUGCAAUUCAAACAGGAAAUUAUGUAAGUCCAAUUUACAAAGACUGAGAGGAUUCUUGUGGAUUUUUACACCAUAAAACGCUCCUGCGUGUGAAGUUUUGAACUGUGAAGGACUGCAGUGACAACCGGCAGGCAAUAGUGAUUAUUGUAGUAUUGGAAGACACGUGACACCAGAUGUAACGUCUGGGAGACACGUGACACCGGAUGUAACGUCUGGGAGACACGUGACACCGGAUGUAACGCCUGGGAGACACGUGACACCGGAUGUAACGUCUGGGAGACACGUGACACCGGAUGUAACGUCUGGAAGACACGUGACACCGGAUGUAACGUGUCAAGUGAGAGCAGCUGUGGUAUAAUGGUAGCAGCUGAGGAGACGAGGGAGUGUGGUUGGCGACGACCGAAAACCCGAACUGUUAUGCCACGGGCAACCAAUCACAAGGCGAAUGGGGGCGGGGCCACCAGCAACGGCUCCACCCCCUCCACGCCCAUUGGUCAAGGUCAACAAGUUUCAACCAAUCAGACGCCUUCUUCGCCGCCGGACAUGGCGUCCACUAAUAAAAAUAAAGCUAAAAAGGAAAAGGAAGCCAACAAGAAGAAAGGCCGCUCCAAAGAAGUGAUGAUUCAUGAACCUGCAGUGUUGAUUGAGGGUGUACUGUUCCGUGCACGCUACCUUGGCUCAACGCAGCUCGUCUCGGAAGGUCAGCCCACCAAGACCACACGGAUGAUGCAAGCCGAAGAGGCAGUUUCUCGUAUCAAGGAUGCAGAUGAUGAUAAGGAACUGCUGGCGGAAUGUAACGAUCCAGAGCCAUCCCCAGAGCCCCCACUCUCCCCAAGCCCCAAACAUUCACCUCUUCCCCAUCACUCUAUUAAUUCUCUACAUAUGCCAAGGGAGUUAGAAUCGUCCAAUGGCUUUUGCUCACCUAGGGAACAUUCACCCAGGAGUCAGAAUUCGCCAAGAACCUUGAAUUCUCCUAAAGAACCAAAAAUAUCCAAGUCCCUUGGCUCUCCAUUGGCUCAUGAAUCGGUUGCAGUUUCACCUCGAGUUGUUCAUUCACCCCGCCGAGGACAUGGGUGCUCCCACACUUCUCCUGAUAGCCAACCUGCACAUAAUAAUGCAUGGAAACAAUUACAUAGAAUGAGCCAAGGGGUUCCUGCAUGCCCUUAUAUGGCUGAUUUAAAUCUGGUACAUUCUAGUGUUCCUAUUGUGUCACCAUUGCCACCUGGUGUAUUAGAGGAGCCAAUUGGAAUUCGAGAUAAUAUAUUAAACAUCAUGGAAUCGAGUGAUGAGCCAUUAAAUGUGGAUGGAGAUGAUGAUGAUUAUGAAGAGGAAGAGGAGGAUGAAAUUGAAGAGGAAGAUGAAAGAGAGGAGCGGCAACAAGUUAUUACAGCAGAAAAUGAGGAAGAUGACGAUGGUGAGGAGGAUGAUGAUGUUGAGGAGGAGGAGGAGGAGGAGGACGACGACGAUGAUGACGACGAUGAUGAUGGUGAGGGAGGCAAAAAUGUAAGCCUUGAUAGUGAAGAUCAGUGCAUUGAGGUCCUUACAGUCAUCCCAGGAACAAGUGUGACUGCUCAAGAGAAUAGAGAAGCGCUGGAGAUUGAUGGAGGUGGAGGGAACUUGGACUGGGUCUCGGAGGAGGGUGGGGGACCAGGGCUUGGGCCUGCUGGCACUGUGUUCCACCUUCGUCUGGUGGGGUCCGUGGAUGUUGCGGAGGAGUCAGGUAAAGCACCUGCUCGGAAGACAACCACAUGUAAGCGGCCCAAGAAGGAUAUGGUUAUGGAGGCUGUAUCUCAUCUAAAGGCCCCAGAUGGUGAGUCACAGCCUAGCACAGAAGUGGACCUCUUUAUCUCAACAGAAAAGAUUAUGGUGCUCAAUACAGAUCUAAAAGAGAUAAUGAUGGACCAUGCGCUUCGUACCAUCUCCUACAUUGCCGACAUUGGUGACCUGGUUGUUCUUAUGGCACGAAGGAGAGUCUUGCCGACUGAUGAUGCUGGUAACAACAUUCAGAAGACUCCCAAGAUGAUCUGCCAUGUAUUUGAAAGUGACGAGGCACAAUUUAUAGCACAGAGCAUUGGUCAGGCUUUCCAAGUUGCAUACCUAGAAUUUUUGAAGGCUAAUGGAAUUGAAGAUCAUAGCUUUGUCAAAGAGAUGGACUAUCAAGAAGUCCUUAACUCUCAAGAAAUUUUUGGUGACGAGCUUCAGAUGUUUGCCAAGAAAGAACUACAGAAGGAGGAGCUAUAUGUCUCAAAAACGGUGGUGGUACCAAAGAUGAAGAGUGAGAUCCUGGGUGUUGUUGUUGUGGAAUCAGGAUGGGGAUCUAUGGUCCCGACCGUGGUAAUAGCUAACCUCUCCCCGACCGGUGCUGCCGCCAAGUGUGGCCAGCUCAAUAUUGGCGACCAAAUAAUUGCUAUUAAUGGUGUGUCACUAGUGGGUCUUCCACUUUCAACCUGCCAGAAUUAUAUAAAGAAUACCAAAUAUAAUACUGCAGUGAAGCUGACUGUAGUUCCUUGCCCGCCUGUGGUUGAGGUGAAGAUCCGAAGACCCGACACAAAAUACCAACUAGGAUUCUCUGUACAAAAUGGUGUAAUUUGCAGUUUAUUAAGAGGUGGCAUAGCAGAACGUGGUGGUGUUCGAGUUGGUCAUCGCAUUAUUGAUAUCAACAGUCAGUCGGUGGUUGCUGUUCCACAUGAGAAGAUAGUAAACCUUUUAGCUACUUCAGUUGGUGAGAUACGAAUGAAGACGAUGCCUACUUCAAUUUUCCGCCUUUUAACUGGCCAAGAAACUCCGCAGUAUAUAUAGUGCUUUUUAAUCUGUGCAGCUGUUAAAAUUGUAAGUACCACAGCUACUGUGAAGUGUAUGGGUGAACCCAGGGAGUGUAAGUUCUGCUGUUACCCAUUUAUUGCUUCUAUCAAAAUUGGAGACCUCAGUGUAAACAGCCUUCCUGAACAAAUAUACUUUGGCAGAGAAUGCUACUUUGACCUUUCUCUCCUAGCUCAAAGAACUGCAAAUGAUAAAGUCUCAUUCUACCCUGGUGAUAAAUGAGUGGCAGACAUUCUCAACUUUUUUAACAAUGUCAAAUGUGAAACAUGUUGUUGGUCUGGAAGUGGAGUACUGUAUAAAUGAAUGAGAUGAAAUAUUAGUCAUACAUUAUAUAUCAGCAUGUUUGGAUUAAGGCAUUGUUUCUUGUCCUGAAUGUAUGGAGGUAAGAUAUUACAUUUUAUAUAUCAGUAUAAGUAAAGUGUUACUUUGAUUAUUAUGAAGGUAAAUAAUUUUGACAGUGAUCUCUGGGCAACACGUCAGGCGAACAAAUAUGUAGUGCUCAUUGCUUUCCAAAUGAAUUUUGUUAACCUUUAUUCUUUUGCAAUGUUUUAUAGUUCUGGGCAAAAAAUUGUGACAAAACCUAAUAAAUGUGCAUUAAAUACAUAAUCAAUUUUGUUUUCAAAUGGGGGAAUUACUGUUCAUGGACAAUAUAGCAUAACACAAGGCAAGGAGCCAUGUCAAGAUACAUACUAUGUACUAAAAUGACUAUUGAAGCUUCUGGCUGUGCUUUGAUUACAUGGCAAACAAAAUGGCAUGAUCUUUUCAAUAACAUUGUGAUUUGAAGUGCAUUUAGGCUUUAGAAGUACAUUUAAAUGUGUAACUGGUUUUCCACUUGCAUAGACUAGAUAUUAUGUAAUUGAAAUGCCUUCAGAUGAAUUACUAUGGUAUCAUAGUUAGGACUAGCUACUACAAUAUAUAUGGUACCCCCUUUCAUUUAUACAUGUGGGUUUAAGAGAUUUAUCAGCCAUGUGGAUUCUUGCCAGUCAAGAGAUAACCGAGCAGAUCGCACAUGUUGAAGGCCGUGACGCUGCAAGAUAAAUCUUAACAUGUUGAAGAUUGAUUAAAGUUAAAGAAGUGUCAAAUUUAUCUUGAUCCCAGAUGACGGAAGGUAAUCCUCGUUACUGCUAAUUAAAUUGGCAGUCUCCGCAGUUAUGAGCGAGCAAUAUUAUGUUCACGUGGCUCGCUGUUAAUCUCUGAAAAUAGUCAUUAUAUGAGCCUUGUGGAGAUAAUAUACAGGACUCGUAUUUGCUAAUGAAUUCCAUAAUCCUCAAAUAUGUAAGUUAAAGUUAGUCAUAUUUUCACAGUCACUGCACAAGUAUAUUUUAGUUCAAAGUGUGACUUUGCUUCAAUCCAGGGAAUACUCAGAAGAACUGGCAUAGUAGUGUGUGAAAAUGUCACCAGAGCAUAUAAAUGUAUAUUAUUGCAACUGAUUUUACUUUGCCAUCAGUUGAAGGUAAUGACAAGAAACUUCCUCAUAUAAUUCCCUCUAUUUACUAAUAAACCUUAAGUUUAUAUAGAGGAGCAUAUCAUUAAAGAGUUAUAAACCCUUGCAGGACUCGUACCUUAUUUGCCCUUGAGCUCGUCAUUAUAAUAAAGAGUUCAGUGGACCACUGGAAGAUAUUGAUGAGCCACAUUUGCCUUCAUGCUUAUUUACAUAUACUCUAUAACCAUUUAUGCUUUGAAAGUCUUUCUAUAAUGGUCGGAAGAAGAUUUUGAUCCAAUGAAAGAACCCUCAAAAAUGUAAAGUUGAAAUUGUAAUUUAAGUAAGUUUAUGCUUGUUAAAAGUAAAUGAUGUGACACAUGCAAAUAAUCCUUAAAGUGGAGACUUGUGUAGUGCAGCAAGCAUAAAAGCUCUGAUAUGCAGGUUGCCAUUAUGUUCCAGUGACCCAUGGCGUUGUGUACUGUGUUGCCUUUGUGCCUGAUACGGAAGAGCAAGUCAAGUGUACAGUGUAUAUGUGAGUCUCGUAACAAUAAAUUUGUGAUGGUAGGGAAACCUCUGUACAGUAUAUAUAUAUAUAUAAAUAUAUAUAGUGCUAUCAGGUUUGUCUUAUUUUUAUUAUAACUAGGCCAGACAGGAGUAAGUAGCCUUACCCACGUUCAAUAUUUAUAAUGUCCACAUUGUGUUCUGUAUGUAGUUUUUCCUCAAGUUAUUGCGAAUAAUUCUUGCAUUUUGAGUACUUAAGCUGCUAGCUCAGUGCUUUUGAUGUGGAAACUGUUCCUUAUGACUUGAAAUAUAUCACUAAUUCUUUAAAAAGAUAUAUAUAUAUCACACUCUUAAGUGGAGAUAUUCUCUGCUCGCUUCAUUAUUUGUGACUUGGCCAAAUAUUUUAAGAUCUACUUGGUAUAUCUAUGGAUGUACAUUUCCUUACUCUGCGAGGAAAGCAAAUAAAAUUGCCUUGAUAUUCCAACUCAUAAAGUUAUUGGUCAAAAUUAUAUGUGAAAAAGUGAACAUAUAACAUGAUGGCAGUUUGGUUAUUUCUACACUUGCAAAUCAUUUAAUUGAAGACAAAAAGAGGUAGCUGCUUUGUGAUUCCUGAAUAUUGACUUUUGUUCCAUUAUCUGUGAUUAUAUGAGCAGUUGUCAUGACAAGGCUAAAUUUCCUCAUGUAGAAAAUACAAAGAAGCUGUACAUAAAUCCCAUGGGGGGUCUUGUAUUUGGUGAUCACAUUACAAAAGCAACCAAAGUCAAUGUUUAUACGUAAACCAAACAAAAUGUAUACAAAUUCUUGUCAACCUGUGAAUAAAUCACUUUCAUAUAUCAUCUGGAAACUGUGUCUUAUAUGUAAGAGAGAGUGUAAGGUCACACACAGCGGACUUUUGCAAUUGCACAACACCAAAUUUUAAGAGUUGAUAGUUUAAAACAAAAUAAUGCACUGCAGGUAAGUCAUGCAAUAUUUUUUUUUUAGAACUGCCUCCUCAAUAUAAAUUGCUUACCUUACACUCUGUCUUUCUACGAACUCAUAGGAGCAUUUCUAACCAUCACACAUGAAAGUAAGGUUGUAGGAGGCAAGGGGUACAUAGACAUUCUUGCAGCACAAGCCUUUUUCAAGCUUAGCCAAUGACACAUGACACUAUAAUGUAUAUACAUAUAUAUAUUUAUUUUAUUGUUUUUUCCCCGGCUCGGUUUGCUUACAGCAGAUAAGUCACCAAAGCUUACUAUUGACCCAAGACCAUAUUGCUUAAGUCUGUGACUGUUUAUGGCAGACCAUACACAGGCUUUGCCAUUGAUAUGUAUCUAAGCACCUAAAACCUUUUAAGUAUGCUGUGUGAUGGUGAACUAUAUGUAUUUGAAAAGGAGAGAAAAGAUAUGAAAGCCAGAAAUGAGAUGAGUCAAAACAUUAGGAAAACUACUAUGAUGUCACCAUGUUGUGUGCCAUAUGUACUGAAGUCUGUUCUGCCAGUCAGUUCUUAAUAAAAUGGUUGUUAAACACUUCA